GUUCUUCUUCUUUCACUUCUUCCAAAACUUGCGAGGGGUCACCGGCGAGUCGAUUACCUCCAAUGGCAUUGUGCGGACCGAGUUACCGGAUCGCUUUAACCUCCGGCAAUGGUCACCGGAGAAUCGGACGGCUAAGAAGCAGCAAGAGGGGCUUGAUAGAAUUUCAGAGAUCGGCGAGGUCUGAAAUGGCGGUGUUCGAAGAGGGAAAAUUGGAGCGUCCAAAUUGGUCCGGAGAGACAUCUCUGUCGCGGCUUGUGGGCGCUCUAAUUUCCUUCAAACCCCUCUUUUCCCUUCUUAAGCUCGGUGCCAGACGAGUCUUGAUCAGUACAGCGGAGAAGAAGAACAUUCCAUGGCGAAAAAUGACUUCUGAGAUUUUGGACUCUGACGUUUACAAGGAGCUCGACAGCGUUCAAGAUCUCUCAAUUGUUUACCCCGACUAUUACCUGAAGCCUUUCCAUGCAUACGAUGAGGGUCAUCUUUCAUGGCUUGCUGCAGCAGAAGCAGAGCCCGCAACCAUGUCAAUGAUUAUGCGAGCAGUACCCGAUGCCUCUUCAGUAGAUGAAGCAAAGGAAAUAGUGUUUGGAAAUUGGCUUCGUACGAUUGAAGAGCAUCAUCUACAAUAUUCAGAAAAUCCUAUUCUAGACAUUCUUGAUAUUGGUUGUUCGGUAGGUUUAAGUACAAGGCAACUAGCUGACAAGUUUCCCCUAGCCAAAGUGACCGGGCUUGAUUUGUCUCCUUACUUCCUUGCGGUGGCUCAAUACAUGGACAAGAAAAGCGCUCCAAGAAAGAAUUCGAUAAGAUGGUUACAUGGAAAUGCAGAAAAUAGUAGCUUGCCUUCAAGAUCAUUCGACCUAGUUUCCAUUGCUUUUAUGUUCCAUGAAUGUCCCCAAGUAGCAAUAGUCAGUAUUCUCAAGGAAUCAUUUCGGCUUCUUCGACCCGGUGGCGAAUUUGUAGUUACUGACCAAGCGCCCAAAUCAAAGGCGGUUCAGGAAUUGUCUCCGGUGUUGUUUACAUUACUAAAAAGCACAGAGCCUUAUCUAGAUGAGUAUCACCUCACUGAUUUGGAAGGAAGAAUGAGAGAGAUUGGAUUUGUGAAUGUGAGAUCAAAACUCACAGACCCAAGACAUGUUACAGUGACAGCAACCGUUCCACUUUAAUGCUUGCUACCAUCUACAUGUUGAAACUUCAUUGCUACAUUACAAAUUCAAUGCUACUUAAAAAGACAAUUUUAUACAACACAAGAAAUUUGAUA